UUUUAUGGGUCCUUCUAGGAAUCGGAGCAGGUAGUCGGAAAAAUGCCUAAAAAGUACAGAGCGAGAUAGUCGGGCUCCGCGGUUUAACGCGGUCCAACUUCGCUAUUCUUUUCGAUGGGUCAAGUGACAGAGAGAAAAGAGGCAUGCGACGAUUCGAGGGAAACAAUUCGUGACUACACGCGAGGAUGUAGGCGGAGGAAGGGACUCGGGACUCAUUGGUGCGAGUAAACCGGAGCGCUAGUGGGGGAUGUGCGCAAAAUAUAUUCCGACGCGGCGCGCACGAGGUGGAGGGGACCAUCCUGCUGACCAGUCGACCCUUCAGCGGCAGCGGAGUUGGCGUAUAGUCUUCAGUUCGUCUUAGUUGUCGCGCUCGACAACAUGAGAAGCCGGCUGAUACGGUGCAGAAUACCGGUCGCAUAGUUUGCAGAAGAAGCGAGUUUGAGCAUUAAGAAAGCAGGAGCUCGAUCGAUGAUCGAGAGAGUCUAGGGGACAGGCAGAGAGAGAGAGAGAGAGAGAAAGAGACAGCCAAAAAGACGAACUAAGUGCCAGGUGCCCCCUCCCACCCAGGAGGACCGCGUCGUGACACACGCGAUCGAAACGCGAUCGUGUCGGAUCGACCACGAAGCCAGUGGGUCUUUGCGCAGUCAAUCCUUGACGUUGGACGUUGGACAAUCGACAACGGUGAGUGACAAUCCUGUCUCUCAUUGUCGAAAUGCUACGAGUGCUUCUCCGUGCCGCGAGAAUACGUCCUGCAUCGUUAUCCGCGCCGCGACGACGUGAAAACGCGACAACGUAAUCGUGUUUGUGUAUGUGUCCGUUUUCUUCUCUUUUGUUUGUGAUCGUACUGAAGAACUUCGCUCGCGCGGGCUCGAAUCGAACGGUUCGCCAAGACUUGGACCCGUACGCGCCACUGGCGGAACGAUAGUACCAAAAAACAAACAAACAGACACUAAACGCGAAUACCCUCGUCUCUCGGAGGGUUUGCGCGCGCGCGCGCGCGUGUGUGGCGUGUGUGUGUGUGUGCGUGCGUGCGUGCGUGUGUGCGUGCGCACAUUCGCGUUCGCGAGUUUCGCGGUCAUCGAAAGGACAUCGUCUCCUCGUCGCUCACGACGACGACGAGCGCGCCGGCGAAAACUGAUCUCCGGGCCGGUGCGCGAUCUCCGGCGGAACGUGUGUGCCUAUCGCCGUCUCCAUUUCACCCGAUUCGUCUAUCUCGCUCGCGCUCCGACUACCACCCCAACCACGCUAUUCCUCGUGGUACAGCAAUAAUAUCGUUUCCCGCGCGCACUGCGGAUUGGCUGGUGCAGUCGCAACCGUGGAGCAAGAGACGCGAGAGGAGCGCCGGGGAGGAGUACCGACACGCUCGACGUUUUACUCGCGCUAGCGCCGUCAACGGGAGAGGAGCAGCCGCCAGAGAGGCGAGUGGUGGCAAGGUGUAGAGAGAGGCAACCAGCGGCAGUGCUUUGCUUCGACGGAGGGCAGCAGCGUGUAGGAGGGGGAACAAGUGAGACAGAGAGAGAGAGAGAGAGAAAGGUAGUGGGUUGUAGCCGCCCGACCGACCGACCGACCGACCGAGUUGUUUCAUUCAUAAAAAAGUUCUUUAUUACUCUCUGUGAGCGCAUGUGCUAUUCCACCACGGAGGAGGUACGAGUACUACUACUCCCCCGACCGGCUGCGACGGCGUAACCGCGUUUUACACACAGUAUUAUUUACUACUGUGCGAGAUACGAAUCGGCGCCACACGCCGUACCGGCAGCACGGCGUACGGAUCGUGUUCCGCGUUUCCAGUGCCAGUCAUCGUCACACUCGUCGCCCGGAGAGGAGCUCCGUGUCCGCGCGCGUGUGUUUACCAAUUUUGACUUUGAAUUUGAUCGCGUUCUCGCGACUUUGAAAAUUUAAUCGCGAUCGUGAGCCGAAUCCGUGAGACGAGAGAGAGGCCACCAAGAGGAAGUAGAAGAAACCCGUGAGUACGUUUGUAACGUCAUCGUGAGAGCAACUCCUCGCGGCAACCUGGAUCAGGAACAAGAAACCGCCGUGGAUCUCUCCCCAGAAUCGGGGGGAUCUACGGGUCGAAGGGAUCGAAGGGACAGGCCGUCUCGUCGUCAGAAUAGCUUGAGCUAUCGUCAGAGCACUUCUUACAAUCACUUGGCCAGACACGAUAGCUUGAACGUGAGCGAUCCGGGACCUAGCACGUCCAGGCAGAGCGCGAUGCCGCGGAAUGAGUCACGAGGCUCGAACAAGCCUCGGGGGAAGACAUCGAUGCCGCAAGAGAAGCUAAACGCGAUCGCGAGGGUGCGUAACGGCGAAUCCAAGGCAGCGGUGGCGCGUGACAUCGGCGUGCCGGAAUCGACUUUGCGCGGCUGGUGCAAGUCCGAGGACAAAAUCAGGAUGCAAGUGGUCAACAUGCGAGCCUCCGGCAACUACGACCAAAUUUUGACUACGUCGAGUUCGGACAACAGCGAUAACAGCCGUCCGGGAUCGUCGUCGCGGUCAACGCCAACUGGCUCGAAUAUGCUGGGACUCCCGAUUCCCGGAGUCGCGGAUCAGUCUAGCGAGGAGCCUGAACCCGGCCCGGCCCCGAAGAGACUCAGAACAGACAAUUUCACCCCCGACACCGCCGCAACUGCUGCAAAUAUGCCGACAACGUCUCGAUCUACCGAGAAUUUGCUGUCCAUAAAUCAACAAUUGAAUCAACAAUUGAAUCAACAAUUGUACAAUCUACUCGCCAAUCACGAUACGACAACCAAGCUACAAACGCAAGCAGCCUUUAGUCUAUUUAAUACGUUUGUGAAUGAUCCUUCACCGCUUCUCGCUUACAGCACAUAUGGAUCGCAGGCUACAAGUAUGCUUGCCGAUAGUUUGCAAAUGCACAGGAACAACGGCGCGAUGAGCUUAGCAGCAGCUAAUAUGACUGCAGCGACUAAUAUGUCUGCAGCAGCUAAUAUGACCGCAGCAGCUAAUAUGCCGGUUAACGCGCUACUUACCAACGGAAAUAAGAGGAAAUACAACAACACAUUCUUAUCAACCCUUGCGGACAUUCAACGAUCAUCGAGGAGGCAGAGCAACAAAUCGCCGAGUGUGGAAAAGCCGAUCGGGAGCAUCUAUCAACCGACAACCAACAACCGAACGUCUCCCUAUAAAUCAACCCCAACAUCGACGAUCACCAGCAGCAGUAGCAGCAGCAGCAGCUACAACAGCAGCAGCAGUAGCAGCAACAACAACAACAACGGCACGUGCUCCGCAAAAUCGAACGGUGAGAAACUAAAUGCUAUAGUAAAUAAUUUGCAGCAACAACAACCGCGAGUGAGUAACGUGGAAGAAAUGAUAUCCAAUAAUGCGAUGAACAAUAAUAAUAACAAUGUCGAUCAUAUUGAUCACGAAACAGCGAAUCAAAAAUCUUCAAUGAUUUCAGAUGUACCGCCCCCAGAAUUCGCUAAAAUAAUGUCAGAUUUUUCCAAGUGUGUAGACUGGUUACAAAAAUACGGUACACGUAUUUGUACAUUUUAUCAAGUAAAUCAAAUGAAGAGUGUUCUUAAUAAAUGGACUACUUGGGCUAAUAAUGUAAAUAAUGUACCCCAAGAAAAGACUAAUGAUACGAGCUAGCUGAAGCAGCGUAGAAAAAAAUGACAUGUAAAUAAAUUGUAAAUAAAUGUAUAUUGUUGUAUCAUAUAAAAAGAACGGGGCGAAACUUUUGAAAACGUCUAUGUUCUGAUUUAAAUAGUUUAAAUUUAAAAAAUAGGUUUCUUUUAGACUAAAAAAAAUAUGCGAGAAAGGAUUUUUAUCGACUCAAAGGUUAAAAAUGUAAUGUUAGGCGCGCAGCUCCAAAAAUUUUAAAGUUAGAAUAGUCUUAGAAUAGUUUUUCUUUUUACGUGUAAAAAGUGUAUUAUAUUUAGUAUUACAUUUAGGCAUUUAUUACAUUUUUUUGUAAAUAAUCUUUAAUUUCUAAAUAUUUUAAAUUAAUGCGAUAUUUGUAUAAUAAAACUUCGACAAUGAAAAAUCAUUCUCUACAUUCCUGCGGGUAAAAAAAGUGUAAGAUAUCCUAUUUCUGUGGCACUUAACAAUGUGAAAAUGAACAGUGUGGACUUAACUGGCCUAUUUAUUUGUGAGAUUAGAUGACGGAGUCGUGUCGCUACUUUUCAUCGGUUUUGUGACAGGUAUCCUAAUCUGACUGGUCGUCAACCUUAAUGAUUGAUAUUUCGCAGGAUAGAGUAACGCUUUUCAUUGCCGGUUCUUUCGUUUUGUGCAAAAAAUCAUCAACUGAUUACAUUAUAAUUAAAUUUAAAAAAAAAACAAAAAAAUUUACAAAAAAUUAAAUAUUUAUCAAAAUCCUUCUUCUCGCAUACGUAAAAAUUUUGUUAAUCUUUAAGUCGAUAAAAAUCUUUAUCGCAUGUUCCCAUGUCUUAUCUAAAAGGAACCUAUUUUUUAAAAUUUGAACCUAUCUACCUUUCUCAAAUUUGAUCCUACCUAAAAUUUGAACAAAAUCGGAGCAUGGACGUUUUCAAAACAACAGCUAAGAAUUGUUAAAAGUGUAUAUAUACAUGUGCAUAGUUAAAUGUAUAUAUACAUUUAUAUAGUAACUUAAGAAAACUACCGAAGUACUUGCCAUUCUGUUGGUCUAUGCACGUUAUAUACCUUACAGUUACAGUAUAUACAUGUAUAUAGGUAAAUCAUGUGAGUGUGUGUGCGUGUGUGUAUAUGUAUAUAUAUAUAUAUAUAUAUAUAUACAUUUAUAUGUGUGUACAUAUAAAAAUUUGUGCACGUAAUGCACAAGAAAUGAGAUGAUAAACAACGGAUCUGAUAAUUGUGCGUGCAUGUGUCUCGUGUACACACGCGCACGUAUGUGUGUGUAUGUGUGUAAUAUAUAAUAGAUCUGUCAUUUAUCAUUAUUUACAUCUUUGAAAAUAUGUUUCAUGAAAUUGAGGACACCGUUGUUUAAACGAAGAAGUUACUUCCUAUAUUUUCUACCUCCUAGGGUAGUUGUGUAUGUCGUUUCUAUUCAUUUAAAAUACGGACAGCUGAACUGAGGACUUAAAUUAGCUCUUAAAACUUAGUUUAAAAAUAAUUUAAAAACUGAGAUUCAAACUAUCAAAACCAUAAACAUUUAAAGGUAUCAGUCUUAGAAUAAUUUUUACUUUUAGAAUUUUUACGUUUAUAAAUUAUAGUAUUACUUUACGUUUAGGGAUUUAUUAUAUUUUUUUCUAAAUAUAAUCUUUAGUUUUUAAGUAUUUUAAAUUUUUACGACAAUAUAAUUGAGGGAAAAAAAGAAUAAAGAUCUUAAAAAAAUAAAUCUUAGAUCGCUGUUUUACCGGAAAAAAGGUUUGUUUACUUACCAUAAUAAAAGCUUUAUCCAAUGUCUGAUAUUCGAUGUAAUCACUGAUGAAUUUUAUACAUCCAUGCCAUGUGUAUAGUUCCGGAUACGGCAACGUACUUCUUUUGAUAUUAGAAGAUACAAAUUUCUAUACAAAAUAAAAAAUUCUAAUUAUUCGAUGUAUAUUGUUUGCACUUUAGCCUGUUAAAUGUUUCUCAUCAUUUAUUGUCAUUUAACUUAAUUAAAUAACUGGAAAUCAAAUGAUUGAACAUAUACUUUGCAUGCAUUAAAACAGUAUUACCUGCAGUAUUUUCUAUGAAAUAAUCGCAUAUAAAACUCUGUGAUGAGAAAUUUUUUUUUCAAUUACACUAUCAAUGUAAAUGACAAAACUAAGUUUUAAAAAUUCAAGGUACAUUCCUUUAUACUGCGUGCCUGUAUGAUACAUUAAUAGUGUGUAAGUUAAUAAUGAUAUGAUAGCUGAAUUUCGUACUUGAUUAAUACAGUAUAUAUGUAUAUAGUAACUCAGUGUACAGCGUACAUAUUUUCAAAAUUCUCUU